ACAAAGCACUUCUCCCGCACCCUCUGCCACACACACACACUUAAAAGGUAGCAUUUUUUGUCUUAAUCAUGUCAAAGCUCAUGGAACCAUUAACUAUAGGGAAAGUGGUGGGAGAGGUGGUUGACAGUUUCACCCCAAGUGUUAGAAUGGAAGUAAUCUACAACUCUAGCAAAAAUGUUGCCAAUGGCCAUGAGCUCAUGCCUUCUGUCAUUAUCUCUAAACCCCGAGCAGAGAUUGGUGGGGACGACAUGAGGAUUGCUUAUACACUAAUUAUGACAGAUCCGGAUGCUCCAAACCCUAGUGAUCCAUAUUUAAGAGAACAUCUCCACUGGAUGGUUACAGAUAUUCCUGGCACCACUGAUGCUUCUUUUGGAAAAGAAAAUAUGGGCUAUGAGUCUCCGAAGCCAGCAGUCGGCAUCCAUAGGUACGUCUUCCUGUUGUUCAAACAGAGAGGAAGACAAACAGUGAGGCCUCCAGCCACAAGAGACCAUUUCAACACAAGAAGAUUCUCAGAAGAAAAUGGUUUGGGUCUACCAGUGGCUGCAGUGUACUUCAAUGCACGGAGAGAAACUGCUGCAAGAAGAAGAUGAUUCAAGCAAAGAAUAUAGAAUAAAUCAUUAAGAAUAAUUAUGGGACGUGUCUUUCCUCCAUCAGCCAUAUAUAUAUAUAUAUAUAUAUAUAUAAAGAUUGUUUUCAGUUUCCAUGUAACGAGAAUUAUAAGCACCGUAAGUAUAGUCCUACACCACACCCACCGAGGGUUGUAGCGAUGGUUUCCGAGAAGUCCAAUUUUUAUUUUUUAAUUAUUUUUAUAUCCUUAACGUUUUUUUAAAAAAAAUAAAAAAUUCUCAACAUCAUUAAAAAUAUACAUUGUUAAUCACCAAGUAAAAAAAAAAAAAAAAGUG